AUGGUUGACAAGCUCACAUUAGAGCUGGAGCAUGAGCUGGGUGGAUGGAUGAGUGUGGAAAAUAAGGUCGAAGUCGAAACGAUAUUGUGGUGCUGGCUUGAGAAGGGGCUUACUCAAUUAGAGCAGACAGCUCUUCAUCAGCGGGUGAACACAUUCAUGAACAGAUCCUGCAAGAAUGGAUGGAUGGUGUUGGACAGACAGUUCGCACGGGAGUCCGAGUUAUAUGCGCCCUUCAUUGGAGUAAUCGAAACUGUCAGGUGCCACUUCAGCAAAGCCUUACCAGGGAAGCUCAGGGAAUGUGCGCAGAAUGUGCAUGACGUGCAUCUGGGUCAUGAGUCGUCACCUUUACACACCUCCCUGGAUAUCAUGGUGCUCGAUGACCGGUGUCCAACGUGUUGCGAUGUAUCAAUCCCCCGUUACUGCCAUUCACGCACCGCUGUCAAUAUCAAGCUAGAUUGUGCAAUCAGAACGGAGUGCCAUGGGCUACAAAUGGGCAUUUAUGCACAUCAAAUGCUCAUAGAACAACACGACCACCACUUCGUGAUAUCUUUCAUUAUGACAGAAAACCGAAUACGGAUCUAUGGUUUUGACAAAAGUGGCGGUUGGUAUACAGACUUGAUCAAUUUCAGCGACCGCGGAAAUUAUCAUAUCCUCAUCCUCGCAAUACUGAUGCUCUUUUGGUCUGACAAAUCACUCAGCUGGGAUCCAGAUAUUGUACUGAGGCCAGUGCCAGGCCAUGACCUCGGGGCCACCAUCCAACUGCAGAAUUUCCUAGUCCCCCCCAGGAACGACGUGGACAUUGACUUCUGGAAUACGCGCCUCAGAGAAAGCACCUUUGAAAUGACGGUGACACAUUGGACUCAUUACUGGCAUGCAGCGGGUAGAUCUUUGGAGGCAGAGAUGUUAUUGCAUGCCUUAGAUGUCAAUGGAGUCAGGCAGAUUGCGGCAUACAGGGAAGGAGAAAGGAUUUCUGACACACGUGGAUCGGAAUUGCUCGUUGAACAUCAUUUAUUUCCAAUCACGAUCAUAAACGACAAAGGCGAUGGCCCCAUCUCAACGUAUUCCUCUGAUCGUAUCUGGUGCCAAAUCCUCCUCAAGCAAUACAAUGGGCCACUGUCGACACAAGAACUUGCUAUUGCAGCAAGGGGGCCAACACAGGAUCCUCAGCCUGUCCCCAUCUCGCAGAUUGCUCCUUUCAAAGAAUGGGAUUUCUCUAUGGAUCCGGUCAACUGUGGACACAACAAGAUGACUCUCCUUCGAUAUCGAGGUGGGGAGACCUUAUCUUACAUGCAAGAUGUGUGGAACGAGGUUUCGGAAAGGAUGGCUGGAUUUUUUGCCCCGCGCCUUGACAAUGUUGCGCAGGCGAGAUUGAAAAAGAUUCCAAUUCCACAGCUCAAAGUGCAGGCCAGGCUGAAUCAAGCACGUCGUGAUUACGAUCGCUUCAUGGCAAUUCUGGACGAUGCAAUCAACAAGUUGAAGAACCCAUGA